UGGUGCUCAGGUGUGGACGUGAGCUGCGGCCGGCAGCGUGGAGGCGGGGGCGUGGGUUCAGCUCCAGUCCCUGAGCCGUCCAGAAGAAAUCCAGGAAGAGGCUGGGGUGUGCUGGCCUUCAAGACCCCAGCGGGAACAGCAACUCUGCAGCGGACUCCUGGAUGCCCAGGGCGUCCUGGCUCCAAGCAUCUCUCGUGCUCCUAACCUUCGUCCCUGCCCCGUGCGUCUGUACAGAAGGUCUGUUUCGCACAGCAGAAUCUGGCGGGCAGAACUGUGCCAAGAACACAGCAGAAUUUCCCUACCGGGGCUCGAAUUCCUCUCCAGGGCUCUCGGGGGAAGGCGCGCUCGAGAGCAGAAGCGAGACGCUGCGGGCAGGGGACUGAUGUGAGAGUCGGCCCGAGCAUGGAGCCCCCAGUGCAGAUCUUCCGCGGAGACCCGCGCCCCAGCUGCCCCCCUGACGCCUGCCCGGCCCGCAACGCCAGCGACGGGGACGCCAACGGCACCGCGGGGCCCGGGAACGCGUCCCUGGAGCCCGCGCACGUCUCCGCGGCCAUCCCGGUCAUCAUCACGGCCGUGUACUCCGUGGUCUUCGUCGUGGGCCUGGUGGGCAACUCCCUGGUCAUGUUCGUCAUCAUCCGAUACACGAAGAUGAAAACAGCGACCAACAUUUAUAUUUUUAACCUGGCGUUGGCCGAUGCAUUGGUCACCACCACCAUGCCCUUCCAGAGUACUGUCUACCUGAUGAAUUCCUGGCCCUUUGGCGACGUGCUGUGCAAGAUAGUCAUUUCCAUUGACUAUUACAACAUGUUCACCAGCAUAUUUACGCUGACCAUGAUGAGUGUGGACCGCUAUAUUGCUGUGUGCCACCCUGUCAAGGCUCUGGACUUCCGGACCCCUCUGAAGGCCAAGAUCAUCAAUAUCUGUAUCUGGCUCCUGUCUUCAUCUGUUGGCAUCUCCGCCAUAGUUCUUGGAGGAACCAAAGUCAGAGAAGAUGUGGAUGUCAUUGAGUGCUCCCUGCAGUUCCCGGACGCCGACUACUCCUGGUGGGACCUCUUCAUGAAGCUCUGUGUGUUCAUCUUCGCCUUUGUGAUCCCCGUCCUCAUCAUCAUCGUCUGCUACACCUUGAUGAUCCUGCGCCUCAAGAGCGUCCGGCUCCUUUCCGGCUCCCGGGAGAAAGAUCGCAACCUGCGCCGCAUCACCAGGCUCGUGCUGGUGGUCGUGGCCGUCUUCAUCGUCUGCUGGACCCCGAUCCACAUCUUCAUCCUCGUGGAGGCGCUGGGGAGCACGUCCCACAGCACGGCGGCGCUCUCCAGCUAUUACUUCUGCAUCGCCCUGGGCUACACCAACAGCAGCUUGAACCCCAUCCUCUAUGCCUUUCUCGACGAGAACUUCAAGAGGUGUUUCCGAGACUUCUGCUUCCCCAUUAAGAUGCGGAUGGAACGGCAGAGCACCACGAGAGUCAAAAACACCAUCCAGGAUCCUGCUUACACCAGGGAUGUUGACGGGAUGAGUAAGCCAGUAUGACUAGUCGUGGAGAUGUCUUCUUACAGUUCUGCAGGAAGGGAAGAGUGCCAGGAUUUAGGCUUGACUCAGAUUACCACUGCAGUCUGAAACGGAGGGCAGGAUUCUAAACAUACUUUCAGAAACCUGGUCUGAUCAGGAGGCUGCAUUAGUGACCCAAGUUGGUGAAGGCAUUAGGACUGUAGGGAUAGAACGUAGAAGAAGAACGUAGAACAUAGAAGAUUCAAGCAAGAAAAUAUCACCCCGGUCCAAUUCCUUUGAAAAACAAAGACAGAAGCUGAUUUCUUCUGGUUACUGAUAUUUAGUUUAAGGCUCAUUUACCCUGACUUUCCUAUGCAAUGGGAUUUUCAAAGCUCUGUUUAGAAAAAUAUGGUUUAAAAGCUUUGUGGGCACGCAAUACAGGUAACGCUGGAAGCAACAAGCAAUAAGAAGAAGGAGUGUCCAGGGCUGUGCACAGCCCCAUCUGUACUGUGAGCUCACCCACAUUCCAUGUGAGUCAGCCGACUGUGAGAGCUGGAGCUGUGUCUGAAAUAUCUACUGCUCAUGUCUACCAGACAUUUAUCUUGAUAUUUGUAAAAUUGCUUACACAUGCAAAAGUGGCUUCUCAUGUAGUUUCAUAUCUUAAAACGGGUUUAUUUUUUGCAUGCUAUUAAAAUAACUUUGUGAUAAAGCAUGUCCUGAUGUAAGAAAUAUCAAAUGGGUUUCAUGCCACCAAAUGUAUAUCUAGCUUAAUCUGUAAAUAAUAGUAUAAAUACAAGCAAGAAAUGGCUCUCCUCCAGCCAGGCAGUUUCCAAGGACAACAAUGGUGUCCCCAAGUUAUGUAGAGCUGACGUUGAGACAUUCAGAAUGCUAUUGUUUUUCACACUUCCUGAGUACUAUUUCAAGUGGUUUUUAAGGAAAAAGUUUAUUAAAUCUUAAAAUCUUCGGUCAUGGGGCUAGAGUGAUAGUACAGGAUGUAGGGCAUUUGCCUUGCAAGUGGUCAACCAGGGUUUGAUUCCCGGCAUCCCAUAUGGUCCUCCAAGCACUGCCAGAAGUAAUUCCUGAAUGCAGAGCCAGGGGAAACCCCUGAGCAUUUCCAGGUGUGACCCCAAAAGCCAAAAUAAACAAAUAAAAUAAAAAGUAAAAGUUAGUAGUUCCAAGGAACAUUUAAAAAAAAUAAAGUAAGCCUUGGCCACAUGUUUAGAAAAAUGUUAACAGUGUACACAGCACAUCUCCCCAUGGCCAACGUGCCGAAGAUACUCCACCGAUAUCCUUAUGUCACUUCCCGUCUACUCUCUCAACCCCUCCCUCCUUGAAUGGGAGCUCUGUUUUGUAAUAGAGGGCCUUGGGCCUGUUAUUACUCUAUUCCUGUGUUUUGUUUCUCUAUAUUCCAUGGUUGAAUAAGAAUAUGUGGUAUUUGUCCUUCUCCCUAGAACCUAUUUCUCUUAACAAGAUCGCAUCCACUAUGAUCCACUGAACUGCAAUAUUCCAUCUUUUCUUAUGGCGGGAUGGCAAUAUUCCAUCUUUCCUUAUAGCUGUGUAUAUUUGCCAACUUUUUUAUCCAUUCAUCUUUUGAUGAACUUUUGGAUUAUUUUGAUAUUCUAUAUUGUACAAAACACAGCAAUGAGCAUAGGUGUGUAUAUAUCUUUUUAAAUUCAUAACUUGUCUCUUGGGGGUAGACACUAACAAGUGGGAUCUCUGGGUCAUACGUAAGUCUUAUCCUGAUAUUUUGAAGAAAAAAACUAUGCACUCUUCUGUAGGGAGCAAACCAGAUGACACUCUCACCCACAGUGAAGGAAGGUUCUCUUUCAGCACGUUACCACCAGCUUUGCUUGUUUCCAGCAUGCCAAAAUACACCAUUCCCACAAGGGUGACAGAGUACCUUGUUGUUUUUUUAAUUUGCAUUUCCCUGAUGAUAAGUGAUGAAAAACACUUUUUCAUAUACCUACUCAUAAUCUGUAUGGUCUCUUUGGGGAAAUGUCUGUUUAUCUCAUCUCCCCAUUUUUUGAUGGAGUUAUUUGUUGGCAUUGUUGUCUUGAGCUUUAUGAGUACUUUGUAUAUUAGAUAUCAGUACUUUAUCUAAUGUACAAUGUACAAGCAUUUUUCCAUUAAUUAGGUUGAUUUAAAAAAUUAUCCCAUUUUUUUUCUUUUCUCUUUUUUUUUUGGCUUUUUGUGUCACACUCAGCAAUGCUCAGGAAUUACUCAUGGCUCUGCACUAAGGAAUCAGUGCUCAGGGAACCAAAUGGGAUGCCAGGGAUCGAAUCUGGGUCGGCCAUGUGCAGGGUAAAUGCCCUACCUGUUGUACUAUCAUUCUGGCCCCAAUUAUCCCAUUUUUUUCUGUUAAUUUAUGACAAAAAAGCUGGAGGCAUAAAAUUAGAGCAAGGAAAGCCUCUUAAACUAAUCACCUUGGGAAAACUGAGUACUCACAAACAAAAAACUUAAAAUGGAUCUAUCUCAAGUAAACUAGAAAAGUUAUGUCCGAAUCCAUAAAAUACCUUGAUGAAAACAGGUAAAACUCUCCAGAAUACAGAUAUGAGAGGUGUUUUCAGUGAUGCGAUUCCACUGGCAAAGAUAACAACACUAAAGCUGAACAAAUGAGCUUCCUCCAACAGCUCUGCAACUCUUGCAUUAGGGAAUCAAAGCAUAUUUAACUGGGCUCCAAGAUGUAGCCGUGGCAGAAUCUCGGCCGUGGGCAGUGUCUCUCUGUGACUGGGUCGCUCCUGCAGAAUUGUCUCUGUUUAUGGAGGAAGAGCAUUUCACUGAAACAACUCACAAGAUAGCCAUGGUCUUCAGCAGCAAGCAGCGCUGUUCCUAAUUGCAAGCGGAAUGAAGACAUGAUGUCAUUUCUGAAGCUCGGACAAAGCUUGUGCUGUGUCCUCUAACGAGGCUGCCUGCUGAGGGCGAUGCUGUGAGCAACACUUUUGGAGACACUUUGGUAAUUCUCCCCAUGCUAUAUAAAUUUCCCCUUCUUUUCCUGAAACCGUGGUUUCAGAGGUAAUGGCUUUUUUUCCCUGCAAUUUUCCUGAGCAGAGAAAAAACAUAAUUUAGACAGAACACCCAUCUGUUCUUAAAGCCUAUAUGGUUUGGGCAUUGCCCUCUAGGAUUUAAUAGAAAAAUCAAAUAUAUCGACUUAUUUAACUCGAGACAUCCCUGCAUCUUUGGCUCUGCCCAUGGAGUACAUUUCUUGUGUAAUUACUCUCUCGUUUUGGAAACAAGAUUUGCACAGAGGCUUUACAUGUGAAAUUUGUAUCUAUACUUCACAUUUUUUAGUAUACAACACCGGUUGCUUCUCUCUAAUGAACAUGAAAUUCUCUUUUGAGCACUUCUUAAAUUUCACUGAUUUUCCUUGUGUUCUUAUAUUAUUACAAAUAAACAUAGAUGGGAAUGAAUCAAAUACUGCCAUUCAUUCCAUGUUUAAAAAUAUUAGCUAUCAUGCAGAAGGGAUAUUUAUAGAGAGAGUAGUCAUAGGAACACGCUCUACAGAUGUGGAAGAUAAAAAUAUUUUUAUUAAACUACAAAAUUCAGGAGAUUUUCUUGAAGGAUUCUUAUUCGGUGUGAAGAGCUAAGCAGAGGCACAGUCAUGGAAUAAAGUUAUAAUAAUGUUCUCUCUUUGAUGCCCUCUAUACCCUCACAAUACCCCCUGUUAUUAGAGUAUGAACUUUAUCCUGUUUAUCCUGCGUCUCCGCAUAUCUAGGUUUGUAGUUCAAGACAGAGGGAAAUGAACCCUUGAGUAUUUGAAGUUUACCCAGGUGUACUAACACCUACUUCCCAAUAUAAAAAAAUGUGGGAAGGUGAUAAUGUCAAUUUGGAGCAUUAUUUACAGAAUGACAACAUGUGUAUCAUUAUAUUUUAGGAAAAAUCCCACUAUACAAUGGUGUUUUACUGUCAGGCAUGUGUACAUGUGUAAGAGUACAUUAAGCUGUGUGUGUUCAUAGUGCAGAGGGAAGCAUUUAUGUAAUAGUGAGUGUAUGUAAUGUGUAAGGAGGGGAGAGUGUGUGUGUGUGUGUGUGUGUGUGUGUAUGAAUGUGAGUGACAUCUAUGUCUCAUCCUUCGAUGUUACUGUUAUUUCAUCACAGCAAAAAAGAGUGUUGUCCAAUAAAUUUCUUCUGAUCAGAACUGCAUACAGCUAACCUGAAGAUCAACUCUCUACACAACUUCAUUCUCCCACACCAGCAACACAUUUUAGGAGAGGAAAUCUCCUGAGAGUCCAGGAAAUAAAUGGGAAGAAAUGAAACAGCCAUGCAGGAGGCAGCAAGGAUAAUUUUAAAAAUAAUCCUGGUGGCAGUUAUAAUUUGAAUAACAAUUCUAAGAAAGAAGAACCACUCAGAAUCCCUUCAACCCGAUUCAAGAUUUAGUAAUAAAAUGAAAGCAAAGUUUUAAAAGGUAGCUUGGCAAAAAUAAAGAAUGUUUGUAUAAAUCUAAAGAACUGGCUGUAUUCUGUGAAGUAUCACUGAGUUAUAAACAUUCUUAAUCACUGUCAGUAGAUGUUAGUAGAUGUUUCAUUGAGUGUUGGGUCAUACAAGAGUAGGUCCCUAAAAUAAAAGGAGAACAUUGACUGAACUUAAUUUACAACUUUGAGGAAGAAAACUGUGAUGGGUUGUAUGCCCAUUUGAUGGGAUUUAUUUUCUAAGCAAGAGCUGCUUGGAAGAUACAACAUAAAUAUCAAAAUUCCAUCUCAAAGAUAUAAAUCUGUUUUCCCUAAGUCAAUUUACUUCUCUGAAAUAAAAUAUGUUAACAUACUAUUUGAUAAUAUAUGUGAAUAUUGUUUAUAUAUUGUACUUGUAGGAGAUAAUUAUGUACUAUAUAUACGAUUGUAUGACUUGCAAUAAAAUAUUGCACCUGCUAAGAA